AUGCUCCAAGACGACCAAAUCGCAGGAUUGGUGCUUUUUCCAAUCGCACUCGUUGGUGUCCUUGCCAACUGGGCAGUUACGAUUCUGAUCCGCAAGCUCCCAUCACUCAAUAAUUCCUUCGGAUCCCUAACUGCUUCUCAAGCAUUUGGUGAUGCGACGAUCUCUACAAUUUUUGCAUUCGUGAUAUCUACGAUGUGCUUCUUUGACUUGGAAGACUUGAAAUCCAAUUCUUCAAUCAUUGGUCACAUCUUGAUAAUAGCCUACGAGAUCUCCACAUAUUCGCAUUUGUGCAUUUCAUUGAAUCGGUUUUGUUCGAUUGUGGCUCCAGUCAGAUACGAGUCGAUUUUCAGCGCAUCCAACACCACGAAGCUCAUCAUAUUCUCCUGGACCCUGACCAUUCUUCCAUCAUUCUACCUCUACGUUUACAACGAUUGCAAGUACUCUUGGUCUCCAGAGUUCUGGCUAUUCGCGUUUUCCACCACACCGGUGUGCUUGACCAUCUCCUGGUAUGCAGAUUUUUUGAAGUUCAACGCGAUAGUUAUCUUGAUUGCUGUGAUCGACGUGGUAACCGUAUCGAAAGUUAGAAGUUAUAAGGCAAAGGUGUUCAAUGGAUCAUCCCAGUCCGCAAAAAAGACAAAUUUUGAAAUGAGUUUUCUCAAGCAGGCGUGCCUUCAGGCACUUGUAUUCACGUGUGAGCUUGUCACAUACUUCCUGAUAACUCCCAGAAUUGAUCCAAACAAGAAAUGGAUAAGAUUUGCUCUGUCGACAGUUGCAUGGGCUUCGGUACAUACCAUGGAUGGAAUAAUCACAUUGAGCUUCAACAAGGACUUCUCACAAACGAUAUUCCGUCGUGUGAAAAUAAAAGAAAGCUCAACCGUCAACAAUUGCAUCGACAGCGUAUCACCAAUCCCAAAAUGA